CGUAGAGACAGAGAUAUCUCCAAAAGUUUUGUUUCAACGAGUGGAUUUUUCAUAAUCCUCUAUCAUUUCUUCAUUUCAAUCAAACUCUUACCGUCGCAACCAUGAGAAAGGAAACUAUUCAGAGGAGACAGCGUCAACAUUCCAAAAAGACAAGAAUGGAGAGAAAGAAGAAUAACAGACUUUGAAUUAAAAUUAACCCCAUAAUUUUACAUGGCAAGAUAACAGAAGCUUAUUUUUAAUCAUAAUUCCCAUAACCAAGUUUAUAAUUCAUACCGAAAGUUGGAAGGGGAAAAUCUGAAACAGAGUCACAGUACAAAAAGAUUACCAAAAAAAAAAAAACAAUAAUUCAUAUCACUGUACAAGAAACGACGAGAUGAAGGAGAAGUAGUGGAAAAUCCGGCCGGCAUGGAUCAGGAAUCCGGCAAAUACCCUGUGGGGGAAUCCGGCGGGGUAGCAAUAGCUGCUGUUGAGGAGAAGGAGCAGCUACUGCUACUCAGCCCACUAGCCUCCCUGUGCUUCUUUCCGUCGCCGGGAGACGUAUUCGCCGCCGACGCCACCGACGAAGUGAAGAGACUCUUGAUGAUCUUCAUCUUGAUCUGCCCUCUCCUUGGUGGCAACGUCCGUGCUUGCUUUCUAGAAGACAGUUCCAUUUCCACCGAACGAAUUUGGGGAUUUGAUUUCUGAGGAAAACAGGGGAGCAGCUUGUUGGAAGGGAAGGGAAGGGAAGGGGAUGGAGUGGAGGAUUUCAAGUUCAGAGUUGUCUUUUGUAGAGGGAGGAGGAGAGUUACUUGCGGGGCAAGCUAAACUGAGAGUGAAACAGUGAAAUUGAGAGAUGUUGGAGAAACUCUGGGCCAGUGUCAACUUCUAGGCCCACCUGGUCGGCCCAACAGGCCACUUAAGAAUGAAGAAAGAGAAACAGUCUUUUGUUUCAGUCCUGCUAGGGGAUGGGCCCUACCAUGAUUUCGACAACGUGCAUUAUUUUGAGCGUAUGUGCCAAAAAAAAAAAAAAAGUAAAAAACAAAAGUGUAA